UAUAAGACUGAACUUUAAGUUUGUUUACUUGCCAAUGAGGCCAGUUUGUGUUUUGCUAUUCCCGAAAUUUAGCGAGAAUAUAACCAAAAUCAUUGACAAAACAUGGUGUCCGCCAAGGAGUUGAUAUCAGUGCUCAAAGCUGAUGGAUGGAGUUUAGAUCAAGAGGGCAUUGAAAACUUAUUGGAAGGCAGCAACUUUAAUAUUCAACAAGCUACAAAUGAAAUACUUAAUAGUGAUCUAAAAGAUGUUGGUGCUGGUUCUCUCAGUGAAGAUUUGAUGAAGGGGAAAAAAAAUUCUUUGCCAGUCCCCUUGGUACUUCAAGUUGCCAAGAUGAGAAAUGUUUCUGCACCCAAGGCAUUUGAGGAGUCUGGUGGUGCUCCUAGGAUGCUGAGAGUUUCCCUUACUGAUGGAUGUAAUAUAGUGCAGGGACUUGAGGUGCAGAAUAUCAAGACCCUCAGUUUAAAAACAGCACCUGGAACCAAAGUUCGUCUAAAUGGAAAGGUUUCAGUGAAUGGUGGUUUCUUGCUGCUCACCCCUAACAACAUCAGUGUGAUUGGUGGCACUGUUCAAGAACUUUAUGACAAGUGGAAGCUCUCUGCUAGUGUCUCCAAGUACAGCCGUGGGGUUUGUGCUGCAGAUGGGUCAGGACCACCUCCUUGGGUUCCAUUUGGAAAACACAUUGUUAAAAAUCCCACAGAGAUGCAGAAAUUCAAGUCUUUAAAGGAUCCUGAGGGAAAGGAGAAGACUGAUGGAGAAUUUGAAAACCAGAGGAAACAAGUAGUGAAAGAGUUAUCAAAGGAAGGAAAUAUAAAGGUUUUUGGAGGUGGUAAACAAAUGCUAGAUGCCAAUGUACAGAAAGUUGUGAAUGCAGGAUUUCCUCUUGAUGUUGCUGAGUGGGCUCUGAGGAACAGCAAGAAUGACCCUGUUAAGGCCAUCAAGGAACUACGAGCUGCUGCCACUGGUCAAUCUUCUCCUGAACGUAACAAUUAUUGGGAAGAGUCUGAAGAGAGAAGUGUGGGUGGACGUCGUGGGCGAGGUGGCAGAGGGCGAGGCAAGGGAAAAGGAAGAGGUGGAGGAGGGCCAGAUGACAGUGAUGAUGAUGUUGAACUUCCACCCAACAUGCCUAGACCAUCAGGCCCAGCCUCACUCUUUGAUUUCUUUGACACCAAAAUGAUUGAGAAGAAGGAGACAGUAAAUUUUGUGGAGCCAGUUGCUGAUGUGAGAGGUCCUGCUUACAGCCAAGGGGGGAGAGGAAGUGACCGUAGAGGCCGAGGAAUGGGAUACCAAAGGGGUCGUGGGAACCGAGGAAGUUACAGCAACCGGGGAGCUGUCAAUGGCAGUGUUACACCACCUGACAUGACUACUGGAAACUGGCCUGCACCAGGAGAGGAAAGAGCUCCUCCAAGUACCAGAAGCUACCUUGAGAGUAAAGAGAUGAUGGAGGAAAAAGAAAAGCAAGACAACUCAAGAAAGCCUCCUGCACGAACCGGGUCAGGUUCAGCACGAGGAUAUUACUCAAACUAUAAUCAGGAGAAAGGACAAAGCUAUGGGAGAGAGGAUGGUAGACAAAGAGGGGAUGGGUACUAUGUAAGGGACUCAGACUACAAGGAUGGUGGUGCCAGAGGGAGUAGAGACUAUUAUACACAAGAAAGAGGUGGACGUAGAGGACGUAGUGGAGGAAACUACAGAGGAAGUGGGAGGGGUAAUAAUUAUACAAGUGGUGCAAGCUAUGGAACUGGAGAGAGUGGAUUUAGUGGCAAUUACAGUGAAGACUGUAGAGGUGGACGAGGGAACAAUACUAAUAACCCCCGAGGUAAUAGUGUGAACUACAGCACUUACAGAGAUGCUAACUACAGUGGGGCAAAUGACAGUAGGAGUAGCAGUUACCGAGGUAAUGGGAGUAGUUACAGUGAUAACAGGAGUAGGUUGGACAACAGUGCUUACUAUGGUGGCAGACAUGACCAUUAUAGUAGUAGACAAGGAAAUUAUUGUAAUGACAAUAGCUAUGGUGGAGGAAGAGGAGGCAAUUGGAACAGUGGUAGAGGUGGAAGAUCAACAGAAUACUCAGCCAAAGAACUGGAGAUGAUCCAAGAUUUUCAGAUGAGUAUGACAUUAUCUGGACAUUAUCAACAAGGUUAUGACAAGGGUACAAAUUAUGGAAGAAAUGAGGGAGGCAAUGAUUAUUCCAAUUUUGUUGGAACUUUGGAAUUCCAUCGUGGUGGACGAGGUGGAGGUAGAAGAGGCCGAGGUAGCUACUACUAACUGUCAGUGGAGGCAGGAUAAGCAAAGGACAUUGCUAAUAACUUCUGAGAUAGUAGCUGGAAGGUCUUUGAUUUUAACUAAAAUAGUUGGUACAAAAAAGAAAAAAAAUGCAGUUCUUGUACUUUUGAUAAAUGAUGUUGCAAUAAUAAUUACAUGUAUUGUAAAUAAGUUAUAGUAAUGAAAUGUAACAAUGAGAAAAUUGUAUAUGUGCAAAAUUAAUAACAUGCCAGGCAAUUUUUCCAUACACAUUUUAUAGUAUUGUGAAUUGCUGAUGUUUGUAAAAAUGUGAGAAAAAGCUAUUGCAUUUGCUAUGACUGUGCUAGUUUUCUCUCUAGUAAAUUUUAUAGCAAGUUGAUAUGUUGCCCUUUGAAGAAUACAAUUACGUUUUGUGUGUCAUUUAAAACUUACUCGUUUAAGGGGGUAUCACACUGGCCUAUGAUACACGGAACAAGAAACAUCCGCUCCAGAUAGCUGGAACUCUUCCGAGAUUAGCGGAGCAAAGUUGGGGUGGCUUCAUAUCCAUACUGGUUCUCCAUAUGCUGUCCCAAUGGAAAAAUAAACAUGUAAUAAAAUCCUAUCAUUCUAACUAAAAAGAACAUGCCUAAAUUUUUCUUUUUGGAAUAUUAAAUAAUAUUUCAUCAACAUAGAAAGAUGAAAUACUAUAUGUAUAUCGUGUCAAUAGUUUGGGCUCAUGGCAAUCAUCUCUGAAGUUGCCGUCGUGCACCUCUUGGUUCUUCUCUAGUUAGUACAGUUACCUUUCCUUCCUUUUCAAUAACAGGAAGUGCAAGUGUAAUUCCAGCACGAAGCACAGGUUGAGAUGUAAGCGGCAUGGUUUUGUUCUGGUUUGUUUUGAUUAGGCUUGGUCUUGGUUGGUGGACCAUUUGCCUAGCAUAGCAAGAACGUGGGCAGCUUGUGUGUGAUAAUUUUCCUGGUUUCGCACCAAGAACCAUGGCCCAUGUUCCACGUAUCAUAGGCUAAUGUCAUACCCCCUUUAGAGGCUGAAUUAUCUUUCAAUGCAGGAUAUGUUAAAGAUGCUUGAGUUAUUAAAGAUAAAUUUUUCAUGUAAA